UAGAGUUAAACAAAAUUGAAAAGUAAAUUCAAGGGUGGUCAGGUGCGUUACGGCGGUGUACACCACCCACCGCGGAAUGUGCGACCGGCAGCAAUCGGUUCCGUACCGUGUGUGUGUGGUGCGCGGUGAUUGUGCACCCCUUCUUCCUUCGCUGGCAGCGCACCGCACACCGGCCAACCGUGUCUACUAUCAACGGGACGGGUGAAUGCUGCAAUAGGUGUACCAAACCACCAUUCCUUCAACUCCCAACCACCACCCCCCGCCCCACUCUCCCACCCCGCAAACCUGCUACACACGCAACAGAAGAAGAAGAAGAAGCGGAAGCAAGGAAACGUCCCCUUUCCCACCACCACCGCCACCCCUACCCGUGGAACCAACAAAAAAAAACACACACGCCCAGGAGAGGAGAGGCCGAAAAACACGAAAUUAAAACAAAGCCACCAAUCAAACCCCAAUUGAAGAACGAGCGAGGGCCCACAACUCGCAGUAAAACAAAACAACAAAUAUUAUUGUGCAAAGUGUGGUGUGAGUUUUGCUUUUUUUUUUAAAUUGUUUUUUAUUACGGCGAUCGCCUGGCGAUUUUUGUGUCUCUAAAAUUCGCCAAAUUUGCCCGUUUUCAUCCCGGUGGAGGCGCGUGGUCGUUCAAGUGCGUUUUUUGUUGUUUUAGUUAGGAAGAAGAGAAGAGAAAGUUUUGAAGAAAAAAAAAUCGUGCGUGUGCUUUGUGCAGUGGCGGAAGUUUGCGCGCACCGUCAAUCAGGCAAACCGCGCGCGCGAGUACAGGGCGUGUAACACCUGCACACACACCCCAGGUUGUACUAUAAAAGGCCAAAAAUCCCAAUCAAUGGUGUCCUGCAGCGUUGCUGUGUCGACGUACUACAACGCGGAAGGAAGUAUCAUGCCAUCUUCGACCAAGUUUUCCCUGCAAUUUCCUUCCUUGCCAUCCGGACUACCGAAGGACAGUGAAAACGAUGCACUAGCGGACGGCGAUUGCUGCGUACAGUGCCCUCAGUGCCACCAGACGGUUCAGGGAAUCGAGGCGCUGAAAGAACACAUUCAGCUUAACCAUAGCGGAAGCCCAGACGGCCCAAGGACAAAGUUCGAGACGGAAGCAGCCGAACCGGACGACGACGACGACGACGACGACGACGACAACGAAGACGUCGGCAACAGCAUGGCGGAGGAAGACGAACACCAUGUCGAUCCGGAUGCGGCGUCACCGUCACCGCCCGCCGCCCCACCGGAACCACCGGUGCCCAGCUUGGCGGGUGGGCGGGCCAGCGGGGAUCUGGUCGGGAGCCGGCUGCAGGCAAAAUGCGUGAGCUUGCUGCAGCUCCAGCAGCAGAAACACCAAGCCACCAAGAUGCUGGACGACGACCCGGACGAUGAGGAUGCGGAGGUGGUGGCGUCCGGUGGGGCACCGCGCGAACUACUUAGGGCGGGUCUGGCACCGCAAACCGUGCCGGUCCAUCUGCCGUACGGGCCGCGCUCGAUGGUGAUCAGCCCGGCCCAGGACGGUAGCAGCAACUCCAGCAGUGGUCCGAGCUUACCGACCGGUGGCACAGUUAAGGACAGCGAGCUCGCCGCGUACGACUGUUCCCAGUGUCCGACGACAUUCGCCAGCCGGGAUCAGCUGGAGCGGCACGAGCUGCACCAUCCACCAUCGGCCGAUGCGAGCUGCAAGGUGUGUCACAAGCCGUUCGCGAACGUUUACCGACUCCAGCGCCACAUGAUCUCCCACGACGAAUCGUUGCAGCGGCGCAAGUUCAAAUGCAACGAAUGUGAUAAAGCGUUCAAAUUCAAGCACCAUCUGAAGGAGCACAAGCGCAUCCAUUCGGGCGAGAAACCGUUCGUCUGCCCGAACUGUGGCAAGCGCUUCUCGCACUCCGGCUCCUACUCGAGCCACAUGACCUCGAAAAAGUGCAUCAACAUGGGCAUCAGGCUCAACCACAACAACAACAAUAACAACAGCAACAACAACAACAACAUUAACAGCAGCAACAACAACAACAACAACAACAGUUCCAACAAUAGUGGCAGUGGCAGUGACAGCAAUCACCGAUCACCCCAGUAUCCGUUCCACGGUGGCAAUGGACUGACGGGGAUACCGAACGGACACGGUCUCGGAGCGGGUGGGCUCGGUCGCGCACCGAUCAGCUUACGGCCGCAGCACGGUGUGGGUGGUGUGCUGCACCGCGAGCUGGACAUCGGCAGCCGGUUUCGGCUGGUGACGUCCCCGUCGCCGACCUCCUCAUCCUGCUCGUCCGCGACGAAGCACGAGCUGGAAGCGAUCGGGCAACCGGGCGUGGAUCCGCUGCUGUUCAGCAAGAUACAGCAGGCCUCGCUGCUCGCGUACUCGUUCGCCAUGCUCGAUCCGAACAUGUUGCGCUUGUUCGACUUCUCGAACGCCGCCCAACAUCACCAGCAGCAGCAGCAAUCGUCCGCCGGCAGUGACACGCACGAACCGAUGAUGGACGACGGCCAGCAGCGGCCGAUGGGUUCGCGGACGGGUGAGGAUGAUGAGCAGCGGCCGGAAUCGGCCAGGCGGCCUGCUUCGUCCAUCGAUGUGGUCGCGUUAGCGACGGACGGUGGCAACCAACCGCACCACCCGCCCGACAGCGACCGAAUGGAGGUGGACGAGAUGGAGGAUGACACCUGCGCGGAGGAGAAGGUGGAGGUGGUGAUGGCGUCCGGUCCGGAGGGUGUAGCGUCCCAGCACGAAGGGGAAGACAUGGAGGAGCGGCACGAUAGCACCGGCAACAACCAAACCAGUGAACUUAGCGAGGGACAUCAACAGGCACCAAACGGCGAACUCGGCGAUGAUGCCGAAAGCAAGCAUCAUGUGCUGCUCCCGAAGCAGGAACCGGUGGAGGAGCAGUCGACCGAAUCUACCGACUCUGAUAGUGCACCCCCGCAGCAGCAACACAAACCACCAGCUGCAGCGCACACGAUGCCAACGGACGGUGAGUUCAGCGUCCAUGGCACACCGGUCGUGAAGGAUGAACCGUCCGAUGAGACCGCGGCCGGUAUCGAUCAGAUGGAAAUGGCCGAACUCAAGCUAACCGAUCGCGACGAACGGGUGCGCUUCUCCUCACCCUCCGCCACAUCCUCCCCGCUCGUGUCCGGCGGUUCGCCGCUGCACUGUCUCUACUGCAGCGAGGAGUUCGCGACCGAGCCGGAAAUGUUGCAGCACGCGCGAAUGUUCUGCAAGCGGUCGCUGCUGCUGAAUCCGUUCGUGGCCGGCACCGGUCCACUGUCGCAGACGGUCAACGGUGCGACCAGCAGCACCAGCGGCAACAGCAGCAGCAGUUGCAGCGAGGACGACACCGACUACGAUACGGUCGCGCUGAAGGGUGACUGCAGCAGUGUUGGGUACGGUCUCCACGGCAGCAUUGCCGGCGCCGGUACCAUCGGUCUGGCAGGGCCGCACGGCGGUGCGGGCGGUGGUGGAAAGGUGCGGGUGCGCACCUCCAUCUCCGAGGAGCAGCAGAACGAGCUGAAGAAGUACUACGCCCGGAACAGCAAACCGAGCCGGGAUGAGUUCCAGGCAAUUGCCCAGCACGUCAAGAUGGAGGCGCGCGUCGUGCAGGUGUGGUUUCAAAACAAUCGGUCGCGCGAGCGCAAAAUGGGCGCCGGUGGGGUACGGCCCUACCCGAACGGUGGACCACCGGGGGCACAGACGGUUGCGACGGUCGCCGCACCGAUCUCGCCCCUGCACGCCGACCGUGCACCGUCGGUCGUAACCGGCCAGGACGCGGGCGACCAACCGCUCGAUCUGUCCGUCAAGAAGGGGCUGCUGGCGGUCGAGGAGGCACUGCUGAGUGCCGCCACCAACUCGCAGGCGGCCGCAUCCGCCCUCGCCGCCGGUACGCUACCGGCCGUACUGCUGCAGGCGGACACGAUGUCCGCACUGAACGAAGCGAUGAACCUCAGCAUCAAAACGUCCUGCUCGCCGACGGCGUUCUUCUACCACGACAUUCAUCCGAUCCACGGGGUGACGGCCGGGCCGCAUGCCCACGGUACCGGUGGGAACCCGCACAAGCUCGGCGCCCUGAGCACCGGUCUUCCACGGGACACCCCGUCGCCCCAGGACGGGCGGGGUCAGCACACCGGCCCCUCCCAGCCGGUACCGACCGCGCCCCACACGUUCGGCAAAUAUCCGGCCAUGCACGGUCUGCACCAUCCGCACCAUCCCCACCAUCACCAUCCGGCCAACCUAGCCAACAUGGACCAGCUGCUGCGGCAGUUCUCACCGAAGCUGUCGGCGGCGGCGGCCGCCACCGGCGCUAUGGUCGGCCGGGCCAGCCUUAGUCCCGGUGCGCGCGACAUGCUACCGGACGAUGGGUCCGGGUCCAAGUACUACGGUGCCUUCCCGGACAAGAAGCACCUGCUGCAGUCGAUGCUGAACGUGCCGAAGCGGUUGGCCGGUGCGUACGGCCUCGGUGGAGGUAAUGGCGGGGCCGGCGUUACGCCGGGCGGCAAGGAUGCCGGCCAGCUCACCCACCCGGCCCCGGACGCCGAGGGUCAGUACGUGUGUGAUCAGUGCGACAAGACGUUCAGCAAGCACAGCUCCUUGCAACGGCACAAGUACGAACAUUCUGGCCAACGUCCUUACAAAUGCAUGGAAUGUCCGAAAGCGUUCAAGCACAAGCAUCAUCUGACCGAGCACAAGCGUCUGCACAGUGGCGAGAAACCGUUCCAGUGUUGCAAAUGUCUGAAGCGCUUCUCCCAUUCCGGCUCGUACAGUCAGCACAUGAACCAUCGCUACUCGUACUGCAAACCGUACAGGGAGGGCAAAUAAGGCAACGGCCUGGGGCGGGAUGUUCCGUCCCCCGGUGCUGGCCUAGCCGCACCCUACGAUCGCGAUCCUGCCCUGCCCGCACCGCAGCAUCCGCGCGGAUUACGUCGGGGGCGUGGGGGUAGGCUUGCCCACGCAUCCACCCACGGGUACGCCCGGGCCCGUGCAGCGGACCAGAAGCAACCGUACCCUGGGCCACCACCACCACCAGUACCAC